GUAACGGAUGUUCUCAAAAGCGCGGGAAAACAGGUGCCCGUAUAGUUGUUUAUUUCCUGUUUUGAUGAAACCGAAAGUAGACUGCAUAUCCUCCUGGUUAGCACUUCAUUUAAAGCCUGGGAAAAUAUCUGGUGGUUUUAUUUUUUCAAGAAAAUGCAGAAAAAAAAACAACCAUGUCAAGUAAAAAAUACGUCUUGGCAGUCAAAAUAGAGGAUAGAUGGAAGGCAGGCAUAUGACUACAGACAUAUGAAGAUCAGUUUUGGAAUUGAAAGAGGAUGUUGUCAAGUUGAAAUCGGAGACACAAGAGUAAUGACACAAGUGUCAUGUCAAGUUGUUGAGCCAAAGCAGGCAAGACCAGCUGAUGGCAUCCUCUUCAUCAAUGUGGAAUUGUCCCCGAUGGCAUGCCCAAGCUUUGAACCUGGACGAUUGUCAGACUUUGGUGUGGAAAUUAACAGAUUGCUGGAAAGGUGUCUAAAGGAGUCUCGAUGUAUAGACACUGAAUCAUUGUGUAUAGUAGCUGGAGAAAAGGUAUGGGAGUUGCGGGCAGAUGUGCAUGUUCUCAACCAUGAUGGGAACCUGGUGGAUGCUUGCAGUAUUGCUGCUAUAGCAGCCCUUGCUCACUUCAGGAGACCAGAUGUCACAGUGUCUGGAGAUGAAAUUACAAUACAUCCAGCCUCCGAGAGAGACCCUGUUCCACUCAGUGUUCAUCACAUGCCCAUCUGUGUCUCCUUUGCCUUCUUUGAACAAGGGAAGUUCCUGCUGGUUGACCCAGUUGACCGUGAGGAGAAGGUAAUGGACGGACGGAUGGUUAUCGGCAUGAACAAACAUCGCGAGAUCUGUACACUCCAGAUCACCGGCCAGAUGCUGCUUCUAAAGGACCAGGUAUUACGAUGCUCCAACAUAGCAGUGGUAAAAGUGGCAGAAAUCACAGACUUAAUACACAAAGCACUAGACAAUGACAGACAGGAAAGAGCUAAAGGUGGAAAAUUUGGGUUUGCAGAGACAAUUUCCCUGGACAGUGUCACAACCAAUCAGAAACCUGCAGAGCCCAUUGACAUAUCAACAAUAGAGGGACAGAAGGCACAGGCAUAUCUUGUGGGCUCAGACAGUGGGGAUAGCAGCAUGGGCUCUUCGGAAGAUGAGGAGGAUGUUGUCAUAAUGGACAAGGGUGUUGGGAGUAUAGGGCUGGGUGGGGCCAGUAGCUGGGCCGUGGAUGAAGAAAUGAAAGAACUUGCUGAGGAACAGAGUACCAGGCCUGCAAAGGGGAACAAACAGACAGGCAGACAUACAGCAGGAGGGGACCUAGGCGACUCCAGUGAGGAGGAGGACGUGGUGAUUCUAGGGCAGACAGACAGUAAAAACAUAAUGUCCAAGAUGACAGGAGACCCCUGGAAGAAGAAGAAAAAGAAAUAGUGUUUCUAUUGACAGUCAUGCACAUUGUUUCAUUGAUCAUAAAAUUCAUAAACAAAUUA